AUGUUCGCCACGCCGCCAACGUUCGACGCCAGCCCCCUCUGGCAGGCCGCCAUGCACCAGCCCCCAGGAGGCGGCGGCUCUCCCUCGAUCGUUCCGCCCCGAGCCCGCCCCGUCGCGCUGGACGCGCACCGCGAUCACGCUGCCGCCUUCUGCCCGCGCCGCGCCGCGGCCGAGGCGGCGCGCAUCGGACCGCCUCCCGGGCUGGAGCCGCCCACGCUGCGGCCCCCUGGCGCCUUUGAGUGGCCUGCCGCAGUCGCGCUCGACGAGCCUAUGAAGGUGUCGGCCCUCGCGAGCGCGCCCACCGCGAUGGAGCCCCGGGCGCCGCCGCAGCACAACGAGCAGCAGCGCUCGCAGGGGAGGCCGCCGCCGGCGCAGCCGCAGGGCACGCGGGCGCCGCGGCCCGCCGGCGGGAAGCAGCGCGCGCCGCCGCCCUCCGCGACGCUCGUGGUCGCCUACUUCCCGCGCGCCGCCUCGGACGAGGACGUCUGCCGCGCGCUCGACGGGGCCGUCGGCAAGGCCAACAGCGUGCGGCGCUGCGAGGUGCGAGCAGGGGAAGGGGGUCUGUACGGGUUCUUCGAGUUCGCGGACGCACAGCUCGCGGAGGCGGCCUUGGACGCGUGCAAUCGCGGCACGUUGAUCAUGCGCGACUCGGCGCAGAAGAAGUGGUACCUCCACGCCAGCCGCGCCCGCCGCGCGGCCAUCCCCGGCGGCCUGCCCGCGGGCCAGCGAGGCAGGGCCCGCGCCCCGCGCGCGCGCCACGGCAAGCCCGCCGAGCUGCAGCCCGACUCCGACGGCUCGACGGCGCCGCCGACCAGCAGGUACGCCUCGGAAGCGGCGGCUUCCGAGACUGGUGGCGAGACUCCUCUGUGA